CUUCCGUAAUCGCCGCUCCCAUUGCCGCUGCUAAAAGCCGCACAGCCCGUGAACGAUGCUCUCACGCUCCCGGUGUGUGUUCAGGACUCUCGGCCGCUCUUUGUCAGCAGUGAACCAGGCUAAUAAUGUGUUGGUUCGGAGUGCAUCAGUAUACAGGAGCACACAACUAUGUGAAUAUCCAUCUGCUGCACGUGUCCCUCAACUCCGAUCUUUCAGGACCUCAGCAGUUCACAAGGAUGAAGUUGUUGUGGUCAAAACUCCUGCUUUUGCUGAGUCUGUUUCAGAAGGAGACGUUAGAUGGGAGAAAGCUGUUGGGGAUUCUGUGACCGAAGAUGAAGUUGUGUGUGAGAUUGAAACUGACAAGACAUCAGUGCAGGUCCCAUCUCCUGCUGCGGGAGUAAUAGAGGAACUGCUGGUUCCUGAUGGAGGGAAGGUAGAAGGAGGAACACCACUCUUCAAGCUCAGAAAAGGAGCUGCUGCAGCCAAAGCUGUUCCUUCUCCUGUAGCAGAGGCUCCUGCCCCAUCUUCACCUCACCCGACUCCAGCCCCUGCACCACCUCCCCCUGUCCCACCUGUGUCCCCGCCACCAGCUCAAGCCAAACCAGUGGCAGCAAUGAAGCCCACAGCUACUUCCCCAGCAGCAGCUCCUCAAACAGCAGGAGGCAGAGGAGAGAGCAGGGUGAAAAUGAACCGCAUGCGGCUCAGGAUUGCAGAGAGACUGAAGGAGGCUCAGAACACGUGUGCAAUGUUAACCACCUUCAAUGAAGUGGACAUGAGCAACAUACAAGAGAUGAGAAACCUCCAUAAGGAUGCCUUCCUAAAGAAACACAACAUUAAACUGGGUUUUAUGUCUGCUUUUGUGAAAGCUGCGGCUCAUGCUCUGACAGACCAGCCUGCUGUUAAUGCUGUUAUUGAUGAUACCACCAAAGAGAUUGUGUACAGGGAAUAUGUAGACAUCAGCGUUGCUGUCGCAACACCAAAGGGGCUUGUGGUCCCAGUGAUUCGGAAUGUUGAGGCCAUGAACUUUGCCGACAUUGAGAAAGCCAUCAGCGCUCUGGGCGAGAAGGCUCGUAAGAAUGAGUUGGCUGUUGAAGACAUGGAUGGAGGGACAUUUACUAUCAGUAAUGGGGGUGUGUUUGGGUCUAUGUUUGGGACACCCAUCAUUAACCCUCCUCAGUCUGCCAUAUUGGGUAUGCAUGGCAUCUUUGACCGACCAGUUGCCGUUAAGGGCAAAGUUGAGAUUCGGCCAAUGAUGUAUGUGGCUCUGACUUACGACCACCGCCUGGUGGAUGGAAGGGAGGCUGUCACUUUCCUGAGGAAGAUCAAAUCUGUUGUAGAAGACCCACGUGUGCUGCUCCUCGAUAUGUAACUGGGCAUUUGAACUCAUCUGCCCAUAAAACCACCAAGACUUGAAAACUUCACAAAGUCGCCUAAAAGUAGUUUCAUUCGGACUGACUAUUCAGACGUUAUGGUUCUUAGUGCGUCUUAGACAUACAUGUCAACUAUGUAUAUCCAUUUUUUUUUUUUUUUUUUACUACUUUUAUUUAUAUUUUGUUUUGGUUUUAAAAUCUCACUUGUGGUUAAAAGUGUACUCUUAACUGAUCUUUUUUAUAAUGAUGCACAACAUCAUGUAGUUAUUCUGCUGGGGCCCAUAUUUAGUGCGCACAAUAAAGCUGUUCUGUUGCUUGA